AUGGCUACUAGGGGUGAAAUGUCGUAUAUCCCCUUAGAAGCCCUGGCGCAAGACAACAACAAUGACGCGGAAGAGGAACAGCUCCAUCGCAAGCGAAGAAACCUCUGGCAUAGAAUCGAUACUGCUAGUGUUUGGGCUUCAUUUCUUGGAUUCCCCCUCCUCCUGCUCGCAGUGACACUCCUGGCCCUGUUCUGGUACGAAUCAUUGAAAGCCAUUGACGGGGCCGAGCCACAGAUCUACUGGGUGUGCGUCGUUAAUGCAGGCUGGGUGACGCGACUGGUGACGGUAUGCACCACCUCUAUCCGGAUGGUGAUGGCUUUCCAGGCCGGACUUGCCACGGCUAUGGUCGCCGGCAUUGUUUUAGAGACUAAGAGCGUCUCUCUUCUACAGAGUCCCUUUUACUCCAUACUUUGGGCAGUCAAGAUAGCUUUUAGUAAUCUGUGGACUUCGACCAACUUUCGGCCUCAUCUGUCGCGUUUCAUUUAUGUACUGGUGCUUACCGAGGUCCUGGUGAUAACAGCGUCCCAAUUCCUAUCUACCAUCUUUCUGUCCGAUUUUGUCAAUGGGUCUUUUACUCAGUGCGUAUUAUCCCCGGGCAACACGAGCUCCACCAACAACAACUGGGGUAUCCUCACGCUAGACCCGCGAUCCCAAUGGGAAACCUUCCAUCCCCCAGCGGAUACCUUAGGAGUCGACGAUACAAUCACCUUCUUCCUGGCCGUCCUUCCCAACUUGCUCACUCUCUGCGUCAACUACAAUUACACCGCCGAUUCCGGCGUGAGCCUCUCCCGCAAAAUUGCCAAUUUUGGCAACGCCCAUACGACCCAUAUUGAUCUGUUUCAGGACACGCUGAUUACGACGGCCAGUCCGGCAUUGGCCGUCCAGGCCCUGCUCACCCGCAUCUAUUAG